CUUUUUUUCAAUGAUUCACUUUUGAUUAAGAUUAUAAGCGAAUCAUUACAUAUAAAAAGACAAGUCUAUCCGUUAAUUCGAAAUUCAAAGAAACAUAAUAUAAAAUACUGAAAUUUUUUUUUUGCAAAUAUGAAGUUGUUCAUUUUCUUUUGCCUUUUAGUAACUUUCUGUGCUGCACAAUGGCCUGGUAAUCCAUUACAACAAGCAAGUGAAGCUGUGAAGAAAGCUAAAAACUCGAUUCAAACUAUUCUGUCAGACUUAAAUCGUUCUAAAUCUUCCAUAAAGAGAGAUGCAGAACAAAAAAUUUACUCAUAUCAAACUCAAUCUGCAAAUCAAAUGCUCAACAAUAGAAACUUUAUUCUUAAUUAUAUUAAAGAAAAAAGAGAAGAAGCAAACAAAUCAGGCAAAAAUGCUGAUGAUUGCUUAGAUACCGUCAUAAAUAAAGUAAAUAAUGCCUAUCAAAAAGAAUAUAAUAAUCUCAAUCAAUGUAAAAAUCAAGCAAUACAAAGUAUUGAAGCAGAGUUACAAGUGCUUGAUGCUCAAGAAAUAAUUGGAAAAAAUUUACUGAAUGAAUUGGAUCGUGUUGUUCUAGAUUGUUAUAAUUCAAAUGCUAUGCAAAUGGCAAGCUGCAUGAUUAUAAAAGUUGGAUAUAUCAAUCAGAGUAUUCGUCAAUAUGAACAAGAAAUUUCACAGGCAAAAAAACUACAAAAUAAUCAAUCAAAAAUAUUGUCAACGCAAGCUUCUUGCAAUUCAAAUGCUCAAUCUAGAUUACAAAGCGUAACUUCACAAGCUAUAUAUGACACAGUAGACUGCCUUAAAAACUAAAACUUAUUGUUUAA